ACAAAAACCUCCAAAAUCUCUGGAAAUUCCCAAUAAAUACAUUUGGUUGAAAUAUUCAGGGGAAUGGCUCUGUGGGACCGGAAAAUUCAUUGGCAAUUCGGUGGAAAUGUCGAGCCCGUUCGUACGAUCUGCGAAAUCGACUGGAAAUCUUGUCCCUCCACAAUUCUAAAUUACCUCUGGUCUGAAAUCGUCACCGAUGUUAUUGAUUACGUUACCGUUACUGACGGAAUUCUCUGGCGGCUGAUGACUCUGAUACUCUGCCUAUUAGUGAUUAUCUACGCCUUCUGGACGAGAGUAACGGAGAUACUUGAGGACAUCGUGAAGGAUAAAAUCGUGGACGGGAUAAAUUUCAAAAUCCAGAGCCUCGAGACGAGAGUGAAUGUUUUAGCUUACAGAAUGCAAUACGGGUUGUGGCCUCUUCCUGCCAAUUCCGAUAUAAACUGUUCGAUCGGGAAGGGAGAAUAUCGAGGAAAUAGUUCGAUGGAAUUGUUAGGCCCAACUGACAAAAAUUGGCUCGGGGAAUUAAUCCCUGAAUGCAUCGUCAAGAAACCAAAUUUUGGGCCCAAUAAAUCACAUUCUCUCGAUGAAGCUCUCUGUGGAGUUUACGAUAGAAAUCGGAUCUUCCAGAAAAUUAAUUCGACACGAAAGUCGUGCAAGAAGGGUUCUAGAAUUGAUUGGUCUAGCCAAUCGAAAAAACAUGGCGAAAUGGAGUGCCGCAGUUUACGAUCACGAAAAUCAAUGGGAAUUCAGUGUCAAGGGACAAUUAGCCACGGGGAAGUUCAGAUUCCCCUGACACUUCAAAACAGCUCCUCAGAUAUUACGAAGUUAUUUAAAUCGACGGGAGUCAGUCUCGGUAAAGUUCGCCACCGAUUGGAAGGUCUUCGCACAGUAUUAAAAACAUACAGAAAUGGAGUAGACAAUAAUAUGACGAGAAAGGAAACAGCUCAAGAGGUAAAUUUACUCGAUGAUUUCCUCCAGGAACUCAGUGACUUGCAGAGCAGCGGAGAAGGUGAUGCGCCUCCAGUUGAAAUUCGUGAGGACUUUAAAUUGGAACCAGAUGCUCUCGCUUCCGUUUCAAAGAAAAUUACAAAUUCAGAGAAAAGACAAAUUCCUGAAGAAGUUCAAUGUGAAGAGCAAGUCACUGGAAUAACAGAUUUUGAUAAUGAAGUCCUGGUGGAUACCUCCGGGGAUUCCCUUCUGCCUUCGAAAAAUCGUUUCGUUGCACCGAUCCUGGAUAAUAUAAUCGAGGAACAAUCUGGAAAUAGUUGUAAUGAACAAUCCACGGAUUGCGAUGAACGCGUGGAUCAGAAGCUAAAAUCGCAGUCUAUUAAUAAAAAUGAAGUGGGAGUAGAUGAUUCUGGGAGUUCUAAGACAAUUCGUCAGGGACUUCCCCACCUUGAAGAGUCGUCGAGUGAUUUAUGCGCCACAUCUGGGGAGAGCCGACAAUUUUAUGAAAUAAUAUCAAAUCCAAAGGGAAAUGCCGACACUGACAGGAGAAAUGAUUCUAUGCUUUCUAAUAUUUAUCAGGAUCAAAUAAGCCGUGGACCAUCUGGUGAUGACUCUCAUAGUGAAGUCAAUUCAUCUGGUGGAGUAUUGAGUGACCUAAUUAUUUGUUCAAGCGCUUCGCCAGACGUAAAUGCAAUCAGCGAUUCGAUAAUUGAGAGUGAAAGUUCGGUGUUCAUGAAAUUGGAGAAGAUAAAGUUCGAUGCACUGAGAGAAGUUGAAAACUCGUGGAGUAGUGAUUUAUUUGGGGACAAGCAUUUGAAAUUUCCUGAACCGUUGAUACUGAAGAGCUCUUUUACGGGCAUUAAUUUCACCAUCAACGUAUUAUCAGAUGACUUUCGAGGGAGAAUACCCUUGGGGAGUCCCGAGAAAUCCAGUGGCAGCUUGAAAACUACUCUGAGGCCUCUCGAGAAUAAUUUUCAGCUGAAUAAGUCCCCCCUUGUUUCCAGGGACAUUGAGAGAUCAAAAUCCAGUGGAAUUCCAUUUAUAGCGAGUGAUCUCGAUUUGACCUGCCUCAAACGCAAAGUAAGAAAUAAUCAGAGUAAAAGUAGCAGUGACCUGUCGCCACGUAGAAUUAAAUUGCCCAGGACCCCGAGGACUUACAGAGUCCCAAAACGACCAAAAACCCCACAAAUAUCCGCAGAUGGCCAUCGGGGACAGAAAAUUUAUGAACAGCACAGGAGUUCAAGCCUAGAUUGCAUUCGAGGGAAAAAUCUACUGAAAACUAAAUCCAAAUCCGGGAUUCCCGUCCUAAAGUCAAGGGUCGAGGGUGCGAGAAAGGACGAGGAUCGACCAAAUCCUCGGAUUCACAUUUGUAAAAAUUCUAAAGGAGAAUCGAGAGUCAACGAGAGUCACUCAGAAUCUGCAGAACAAACCGUGAUUUACAUAAAUAUUAUAAACGAACAAAACAGUCCAACCAAGAUGGAGAGCUCCCAAGAAUUCUCAGAUUACGUCAAAGAAAACAUCUUCAAGAUCCGAGGAUUGACCGAAUAUAUAAAGAACUCGGGUGUUUCGAAAAUAGUUACGAUUGUGUGUUCCACUGCCAGUCAAAGUACUGACGACCUGUCCAAAGAGAUUUCGGUGGUUCCCCGGAGGAAAUUCGUCAUCGAUACAAACACUCUAAUGCCAAACCUCAAAAAAUGACUCAAAUCCCACUCGUUUCAAUUAAAUAAAAAAAUUCAAUUAAGUCAUAAAAAUCA